GUUACCAAACAGGUCCCAAUUUGAAUCUCCCCUGUCAAAUUUUCGUAUUCCAAUUCCUAUAGUAGAUCGAUCUUCCAAGUUUGAAUCCUGGACUGAGCUUAACAAGCAGAGAGAAAAAAGAAAAGAAAUGGCAGCAAAACAAAUGGAGGAAAUUCAAAGAAAACUAUCGAUGUUAAAUUACCCUCGAGCCAAUGCUCCAGCUCAGUCUCUUCUCUUUGCCGGCAUGGAACGAUACGCUCUUCUUGAAUGGCUCUUUUUCCGGUUGUUAGGGGAUAAGUCACCGUUUUCACAACAAAAUCUGCAAGGGGAUGCUAUGGAUCGUGAUGAAGAAACUUCUAGAAUCCAAUAUUUGGCCGAGAUUGCGAAAUUUUUGGGGAUUACUACUACAAUCGAUACUGAAGUUAUCCAAGGUCGAGGAAGCUACGAAGAUCGAACUGAAAUGCUUCGCCUUAUUGUUGAUCUGGUGGAGGCAAGCAUAUGUGCAGAUAAUCCAGAAUGGAGUGUGGAUGAGCAGGUAGCAAAGGACAUACAACUAAUAGAUGCUAUUGCUGAGAAACAAGCCCUGAUAUUCUCCGAGGAAUGCAAGUUGUUCCCUGCAGAUGUGCAGAUUCAAUCCAUAUAUCCGUUACCUGAUGUUUCUGAGUUGGAGUCAAAGCUUGCAGAACAGUCCAAGAUUCUCUCAAAUCUUCAGCAAAAAGUUGAUGACUUGGCAUCAAAGCAUGCUUACAACCCUGAUGAGGAGUAUACGGAGGUGGAAUCGAAACUGCGGGCACAAUUGGAAUCUUUUCUUGAAACUGCAAGAUCAUUCAAUAUGAUUUACACCAAGGAAAUUCGUCCCUGGACACACAUGAUGGAGGUACCACAACUUCAUGGGUUUGGGCCUGCUGCCAAUCGCUUGUUGGAGGCUUACAAGAUGCUUUUAAAGUUCCUGGGCAACUUGAGGAAUCUGCGAGACUCACAUGCUGCUCUUGCGGUCGGAUCAUCAGAAACGGUUGCUGGUGAACCCUCUCCCGUAACAAGAAUUAUUUCCGAGUGUGAGUCUGCAUUGACAUCCUUAAACUGUGAUCUUGGGAUUCUCUCAGCUUCAAUUGCUCGUGAGAAAGCCAUGCAAGGCCAGCAAGUAAAUUUCUGAUGAUUGUAGCUAGACAGUAAGAAAGGACUGACCAAGUAUCUCACCAUGUGUAUGUUCCCUAGAAGAUGCACCAUUGUCUUUUAUUCAAUAUAUGAGCGUCUAUUCGGAUUUGGAUUAAGACCUGGGUGUUGAGAGCUGGCUCAUAUGAUGCAAUUUGUUUCGGUUUAAAAGCAUGGUGAUCAUCAAAGGAUGGAGUUUGAAUUGAUACUUUGGGUUCAUGUAGAUGUAGUUGCAAGUUGCAAGUGUGGAUUCAUCAAUGUCAUUUUCAAAGGUGUGAAUCUGACAUUCCUAAAGAGUGAUAUUGGAUUCUUUUGGCUCAAUCGUUUGAAGCAAGGUGAUACAUAUCAUCUACGAUUAGAAUGCUGUAAUUUCACUGUUUAUUAGUUUGAAGUAAUGCAUAGUUGGCUGGUUAUGCAA